AUGCUCAUCUUCAUCUUCCCUAUGAUCCCUCUCUUAUCUGCAAUUACUGUGGCAGCACAAGCGGUGGCGCCUUCGGUCGUUAUGGGAGUCACUCCAAUACAGCUUCAAAGCUCCAUCACGACCACACCUUCCAUCGGUCCUUCCAGCUCUGCUGCGCACGACGUAUUGGCUGUCACGGUCACGCGCUUCCGGGGCGGCAAUCGACCGGACUCCUCCUCUUCCUAUAGUAACGCGUCGAGUACCAGCAACUCGAGCAGUAUCAGCAGUACCGGCUCGUCAGCUUCAGUUACGCUUACGAGCCAGCCGGUAUCGGCAUCUUCAAGUGUAGCUGCUAUAUCGCCGUCCACUUCUUCUUCAGCAGAUGUCGCGAUAGGACAUGUCAGCCCCGGGAGGACCGGGCCAGGCGUCUUGGCUGCGGUGCUUUUCUUCGUCUUCGCCUGA